ACCAAAAAAGAAAAAAGUUGUUGUGGAGGAUUCAUCUCCUAAAGAAGAUCAAUACUUUGACGGGUACAGUACCUCGUAAGCUAUAUUACCGUCUAUCAUCGUGACGAACUAGAUGAAUGGCUAAGGGAAAAUGUUGAUAAAUCUGCUGCAGAGGGGUAUGUCUUGCUGGGCUGUGUAUUUCAGAUUUUGGUGUGUUUUGUUUGCUAAUAAUUGUUUCUUGUUUCGCAGGGAGAACCGAGCUGACCUGCGAUCGACAGAAGGUCGCUAUGUGUCGUCUGAAACAAUACCGGCUGUGAACUUGGGAAGUGAUGGUCCUUCCUCUCAAGGGCGCACAGAACAGAGUAGUGUAAACCAGCAGUCACAGAGCAUGUUGAGUCCGGCUGAUUCGAAUAUGAUGGUUGUGAGGGAACAGACACCGUCGGAUGCGCUUGCAGUAGUCCCGAUUCAGGUUUUUGUGCCGACAUCCCAAACAACCACUGAGACAGAUUUUAAACCAACCCCUAUGCUACAGAUUGAAGGGACUACAGAAACCCUUGGCUUGACUUAUUCAAGCCAGGAGGGAGCGUUAACGCAGGAGACAGAAAGGGCAAAAUCUCCUGAAUCUGCAAAUUUGAUAGAACAAUUGGAUGAUUUGGUCCAAAAAAUAGCAAGCAGUGCGGCGAAGGGAAAAAACAAAAGUCCACAAAUUCAGAGGGAGACUGGGGGAGAAAGUUCUGCAAAGUUUCAAACUCCUGGGGGAUUAUAUCAGAUUACGGAUGAUAUGAAAUAA